AUGGUGCGGGAUGCUCCGGGGUACCCCGAGGGUCGGUACCGGGUACCCCGAACAUCCACGGGAUGUGGGGAGGGGGGCGGGGGUCCCGGGCAUCGAGCACCCCCGAACCCUGACCUCUCCUCUCUCCCAGCCUGUGCCGAAGCCUACGGCAACGCAGAGGAGCAGUUUGGGUGCGUGACCGGGUGCCGCAAGCAGCUGCCAGAGGUGGAGGAGAGCAGGAAGGAGAAGAGCCCGGAGCUGAAAGCGCCGUCCUUUUCCAUCUUGGAUUUGGUCUCCACCUUCUGCAACGACAUUGUCAGCUCUGCCCAGAGCUUCAUCUCCUCCACCUGGACCUUCUACCUGCAGGCAGACGAUGGCAAAGUCGUGGUGUUUCAGUCCCAGCCUGAGAUGGAGUACCCAGCACUCGAGGCACUGGAGAUCCAGCCAGCCCAGCCGGGAUCGGGACCCAGCCCUGGCCUCCCCCAGCCCCACGCAGGCCCCCGGGCAAAGGGGGACAAGCCCCCCGUGAAGGAGCCGCGGGGCAAAGGCAAGGCGCACCCCCCGGAGCCCCCGCAGCAGGAGCACGACUUCCUCGGCUGCAUGUCCAAGCGCUCGGGCCUUCCUCGCUGGAUCCUGGCCGCCUGCCUCUUCCUCUCCAUCAUGGUGAUGCUGUGGCUCAGCUGUGCCAGCCUGGUGACCGCUCCCGAGCAGCACGUCAAGACCCAGCCUCUGAGCAUCAACGGGGACAAGGAGUACCUGGAGGACCUGGAUGGCCCCGGCACCUUCCCCCUGCCGCCCGUCAUCACUGUCACCCUGUGCCCUGCGCACGGCGGGGAGGACGCGGGGCCGCUGCCCCUCAAAGUCGACCUGGACAAGACCAUCCUGUAGCUCUCUCUCCCCUUCCCAUCACCUCCAGCUCCCUCUCAGCAUCCCCGUGGCAUCGCCCCCGACCCCGCUCCGCUGCCCCUCGGGCUGUCCCCCGCUCCC